CACCUUGUUGGAUCGAAGUGGAUCUGGGAGGAUUACCAUAAGUUGCUCUGAGGCAUUGUUAUUGCCCAUUAUCAUUAAAAUCGUCCUAGUCGCUAUAUGAGAAUCCCUCAGGCCUCAGAUGAUACUCGCAGUAAAUCCAAGUAAGCUGAUGUUAGUUUGGGGGUCUUCUGCUAGUAGAUAUUGUUGGCACUAGAAUAGGGGUAAUGCCUCAUAUGUCUUAACCCUGAUCUGAUAUGAACCAGUUGAAGCAAUUUCACGCCUUUACCCUUCGAAAUAGCAUAGACUACACCGAAACUCUUAUAACAAAACUCCUCCAAAUUGCAAACAUCCCUUAUGCUCACAGCCUGUUCAACCUUAUUCCCAGGCCAACUGUCUCUCUCUACAACAAUCUCAUUCAAGCUUACUCCUCUCAAAACCAACCCCACCAAUGCUUUUAUCUUUACUCCCAAAUGCGUUUCAAAAAUUGCCUGCCGAAGGCGCACAGUUUUACACUUCUCUUCGUCACUUGUGCCCGCUUCUCCUACCCUUUACAUGGCCAAAUACUUCACACCCAUUUCUUGAAGUCGGGUUUUGAUUUUGAUGUCUUUGCCUUGACAGCUUUAGUUGAUAUGUAUGCUAAAUUGGGCAUGUUGGUCUUGGCAAGCCAAGUGUUUGAUGAAAUGACUCUGAGACAUACAGCCACUUGGAAUGCGUUAAUUGCAGGUUAUUCAAGGCAUGGGAAUAUGGAGGGAGCGCUAGAGUUGUUUAGACUAAUGCCUAGCAGGAAUGUGGUUUCAUGGACGGCAAUGAUAUCCGGGUACUCGCAGAAUGGAAUGUAUUCUAAGGCAUUAGAAAUGUUCCUGGAGAUGGAGAAGGAGGAAGGUUUAAUGCCAAAUGAAGUAACUAUUGCAAGUAUACUUCCAGCAUGUGCAAAUCUGGGCGCAUUGGAAGUUGGGGAGAGGAUUCAAGCAUAUGCCAGAAAAUAUGGACUCAUUAGGAAUUUGUAUGUAAGCAAUGCCUUAUUGGAAAUGUAUGCAAGGUGUGGUAAAAUCGAUGUGGCAAAGCAGGUGUUUGAUGAGAUUAUUGGCAAGAGGAGAAAUGUGUGCUCUUGGAAUUCGAUGAUCAUGGGCUUGGCUAUCCACGGAAGAAGCAAUGAAGCCCUUCAGAUCUAUGGCCAAAUGCUGAGAGAUGGAACUGCACCUGACGAUGUGACAUUUGUGGGACUUCUCUUAGCAUGUACUCAUGGGGGCAUGCUUGUAAAAGGCCGGCAACUUUUCCAAUCAAUGGAAAAAAUGUUUAGGAUCACUCCCAAAUUGGAACACUAUGGCUGCAUGGUUGACCUCCUAGGGCGUGCCGGAGAACUGCAAGAAGCUUAUGAUCUCAUAAAGAGGAUGCCCAUGAAGCCCGAUUCUGUAAUAUGGGGAGCACUACUAGGUGCUUGCAGUUUCCAUAAAAAUGUUGAGCUUGCAGAAAUAGCAGCCAACUCUCUAUUUCAAUUAGAACCUUGGAGUCCAGGAAACUAUGUAAUCCUUUCCAAUAUAUAUGCAUCGGCAGGCCGAUGGGAUGGGGUUGCAAAGCUUAGAAAGCUGAUGAAGGGCGGCAAAAUUAUAAAGGCAGCUGGAUAUAGUUUUAUCGAAGGGGAAGGUGAAAUUCAAAAGUUCAUCGUGGAAGAUUCAUCACACGCAAAGCGUGAUGAAAUAUAUACAUUAUUGCAUGAAAUUUCAACUAAGAUGAAAAUACAAACUGCGGAUGAUUUUAAGUCUGAACUUGAAGAAUUAUGCCUAAUGGAAGAUUGAUUAAUUAUUUUUUUCAUUACUCCUUGCAGAAUCAAAAGGGACCAUGAAUUUUCAGGUCUCUACAUUGUAUUUGUUCUAUAAUCUUAUAUGAUAUGCUUCUUCCAA